AUGGCGUCACAUCCAGAGUAUGACCAAUACACCACGGCGACAGAGGUAGCACGUGCAUUCAGUGAGGACGUCCGGGGUAAGACAGUGGUCAUCGUGGGUGUCUCGCCUCAAAGUCUGGGCGAAUCAAUGACCACAGCCCUCGCGGCUCACUCGCCUUCCCUCGUAUUGUUGGCUUCUCGAACCAAGGCAAAAAUUGAGCAGGUAGUUACCAAAGUCAAAGCCGAUCAUCCCACAUUGCGCCUGGAAAUUGUUGAGGUGGACUUGUCAUCUUUCGAUUCCAUUCGCAAGGGCUCCAAGAUCAUCAAUGAUUUGGUAGACCGAAUCGAUAUCCUCAUCAACAACGCAGCUGUUGUGAUGACAACACAUGCGUUCACAAGGGAAGGACUCGAACUUCAGUUCGGAACCAACCACAUUGGCCCAUUCCUCCUUACGAAUCUUCUUAUGCCCAAACUUGUCAGAGCUGCGCAAUCUUCGGCCACGGGAUCAACCAGAGUCAUCAAUGUUACUAGCCAGGGCCAUAUGAUAUCUCCAAUACGCUUCAGCGACCACAGUUUCCAUAAACGGCCUGAGGAAAUUCCUGCCGAGGAGCGACCAAUGUCAAGACCCGGUGUGUCGUUUGAUCCGCCACCUGGGGAAACUUAUGCUCCUUUCGUGGCAUACGGGCAAUCAAAGACUGCAAAUAUCCUCAUGUCACUCUAUCUCAACCAGCAUCUGUCAGGUGCGGGCAUACAAUCGAUUGCCACUCAUCCAGGUUCCAUUUGGACGGAUCUUUCCCGUAACUUGGAUGAGAAGCAUUUAUCGAUAAUCGAGAAGACAGGUGGAUUCUGGAAAGACCUUGAUCAGGGCAGCGCAACGACCCUGGUCGCCGCGCUUGACCCAAAUCUGGCGGACCCCAAGGUCAUCUACCUGAGUGACUGCCAGGUAGCAAAACCCGCAGAUUGGGCAAGUGAUGGUAGAGCAGCUGAGCAACUUUGGAAACUCAGUGAAGAUAUCGUUGGGCAGCAGUUUGACCUGGCCGCAGCAUGCCGACUUUGA